AUGUCCGGCCGGUUUGUGCGUUCCUCAAAGUAUCGCCACGUCUUCGGGCGUUCGACGAGAAAGGAGCAAUGCUACGAUAAUCUUCGGAUCUCGCGAAAUGCCUGGGACACCAACCUAGUCAAGGUUAACCCGAAGCACCUUGCGGUCAAUUGGGAAGCUGGUGGUGGUGGUGCUUUCGCCGUUGUCCCUCUCGAGGAACGAGGCAAGCUUCCAGAGCGCAUCCCUCUGUUCCGUGGUCACACCGCAGUGGUUCUCGACACCGAUUGGAAUCCUUUCGACGAUGAUCUGAUUGCCUCUGGUUCCGACGACGGAAAGGUCUUCCUCUGGCGGGUUCCGGAGAACUUCACUGUCCGUCCCGAUGUUGAUGCCGACGAUAUUCAAGACAUUGCCCCCGUGGGCAAGCUCGCCGGCCACCCAAAGAAGAUCGGCCACGUGCUCUUCAACCCCGCGGCGGAAAACGUGCUGGCAACGGCCUCGGGUGACUACACUGUGAAGAUUUGGGAUAUUGAGGCGGGUGCCGCAAAGCUCACCCUGAAUGUUGGUGACAUUGUCCAGUCCCAGUCGUGGAGCGCCAACGGCUCCCUGCUGGUGACUACCUCCCGCGACAAGAAGCUGCGCAUUUGGGAUGUCCGUCAGGAACGGCCCGCGCAUGAGACCAAUGGACACUCGGGAGCCAAGAACAGCCGUACCGUCUGGCUGGGCGAGCGCGACCGGAUCGCGACCACUGGUUUCUCCAAGAUGAGUGACCGUCAGCUGGCUCUCUGGGAUAUCCGUGCCGUCCGGGAACCCAUCAAUGGCUUCAAGACCUUGGACUCGAUCUCGGGUGUCUGCAUGCCCUUCUGGGAUGAGGGUACCAGCUGCCUUUACCUGGCUGGACGAGGCGACGGAAACAUUCGUUACUUUGAGCUGGAAAACGAUAAGUUCGAGUUCCUCUCCGAGUACAAGUCCGCCGACCCCCAGCGUGGCGUUGCUUUCAUGCCCAAGCGCGGUGUCAAUAUGCACGAGAACGAGGUGACCCGCGCCUUCAAGACCGUCAACGACGGCUACAUCGAGCCCGUUUCUUUCAUCGUCCCUCGUCGGUCCGAGAACUUCCAGGACGACAUCUACCCGCCCACCUUCGGUUUGACUCCCGCUAUGAGCCCGUCCGAGUGGUUUGCGGGUAAGGAGGCCAUCCCUCCUAAGAUUUCCAUGGCUAGCCUUUUCGAUGGUGAGGGCUUGAAGGAGGUGUCCGGCGUCCAGGAGAAGCCCACUGGUACUAUUGAUGCCCCUGCCCCUAAGCCGGCCGAGCCCGAGCCCGUUGCCCCCAAGGCUGCUCCCAAGGUUGUCGCAGAGCCCACGCCUGCACCUGCCCCGUCUAUGAAGGAACAGGGUGCCUCGAUGGCUGCCAUGGUGUCCAAGUUUGCCGAUGACGAGGAGGUCGAGGAACCCGUAGACGAUGCCUCCAGCUUUGAAGAGGUCCCCAAGCCCACUGAGCGCCCCACUCGCUCUGCUGCAGCCGAGUCUUCUUCUCCUCGAGUCAGCAGCCCGCUGCGACCAAAAGAGCCCGAGCCUGAGGUCAAGCCGCAGUCCCCCGUUGUUGCCGCCACCCCCUCCUCACCUGCUAGCGAGUCCAACGUCCAGAUCAGCGCCGUCGACAAGGAAAUCGAAGAUAUCAAGAACAUGCUCGCUCAGCAAGCCAGGGUCAUCGCAGACCAGACCUCGCAAAUCCAGAAGCUGACUUCGGAGAUGGAAUCCCUGAAGAGCAAGCUGAACUGA